AAACUUGUUUGUUUCCAAGUGAAACCUACAGACGAUGUGCCGUAGAUGAUUCCAUGAACUUUGCGUCCAAGAUCUACUCAUUAUGAAGCGUGUGUUCAGUCUCACCAGCAAAUCCUUUGGUGGUCAAGGGACCAUACAUUAUUGUUGGCAGAAAACAUUAGGAAACUACCUAUCUGUUGUUGGACAUGAUCAUGUGUUGAGGAUUUAUGACCGACACGGAGACCUAAAGGAGGAAUUCAAUUUACCUGGGGCCUGUACUGGUAUGGGAUGGGACAAGGAUGGAGAUACCCUGGCCGUCAUCAAUGAUAAGAAUGGAGUCAUCAUACUGUGGGAUGCUAACACACAGAGGACCUCUCCCAUUGACAGUGGUUUAAGAGAUAACCUGACCUACAUGUUGUGGGCUAAAGCAGGACCCUACCUAGCAGUGGGGACGGCUAAGGGCAAUCUACUCAUUUAUAAUCACCAGACAUCGAGGAAGGUGCCAGUGCUAGGUAAACAUACCAAGAGAAUUACAUGUGGGUCCUGGAGCAACGAAAACUUACUAGCCCUCGGCAGUGAUGACCGCACAAUCACCAUCAGUAACAUAGAGGGAGACACCAUCCGUCAGACCUCCGUCAGGUCAGAUCCACAGGAAGUUCAAUUCUCUGAGAUGAAGGGAGAUGAGAGGAGUCAGAUUGGAGACAAUACUGUGAGCGUUGUGAUUGGUAAGAAGACACUCUUCCUGUACAACCUAAAUGAUCCAGAAAAUCCCAUAGAACUGGCCUUCCAACAGAGAUACGGAAACAUCAUCUCAUAUCGUUGGUACGGAGAUGGUUACAUCAUGAUUGGCUUCUCCAAUGGCUACUUUGUGGUCAUCUCAACUCACAUGAAGGAGAUCGGUCAGGAACUGUUCCAGGCACGGAACCACAAGGACAACCUGACCUGUAUUGCCAUUUCAAACUCCCUCAACAAGGCGGCAUCUUGUGGUGACAACUGUAUAAAGAUUCACGACCUGUCAGACCUGAAGGAAAUGUUUGCCAUCAUCAACAUGGACGAUGAGCGAGGUCUGGAUAAACUGAAUUGGACAGAUGAUGGUCAAUUGUUGGCAGUGUCCACACAGAGGGGAAAUCUCCAUGUUUACCUGACAAGACUUCCAAUGUUGUCGUCGGCAUCCUCCACAAGAAUCGCCCAUCUCACCUCCUUACUGGAGGUCACCAUAGAGGACAAUGUGUCCCAGGAUCCUCCGCUGACAAUCCCUAUUGAUGUAGAGCCGUCCUUCUUGGGAAUAGGGCCAUAUCAUCUGGCAGUGGGGAUGAACAACCGGGCGUGGUUCUACCUCCUCGGAGACAAUGGACUGGAGAAGCUUAAAGAUCGUGAAUACCUUGGUACUGUGGGCACCAUCUGUCUCAAUGCUGAUUAUGCUGCUGUCAGCUUCGAGGGCAGGGUUCAGCUUCAUAUGAUUGAGGGUGAAACUGCUGGAACCACAGAUGAAAGAGAAUCCAAGCUUUUCCCUGACAUGGACCAGCAGGACUCUCGCAUCACCUGUCAUAACAUGACACAAGAUUUCCUCAUCUAUGGCACGGACAAUGGAGGUAUCAACUACUUCUUCAUCGAGGACUGGCAGAUGGUGAACGAAUUCCGCCACGUUGUGGGUAUUCGCAGACUCUUCCCCGACCCUAGCGGCUCCCGAGUUAUCUUUAUUGAUGACAAGAGUGAUGGCUUUGUGUACAAUCCUGUUAACGACCAGACAUUAGAGAUUCCCAAGUUCUCCCCAACAACUAAAGGUGCAUUAUGGGAGAUGUGGACAUCAGACAAGGGUGUUUUCAUUACCUAUGAUGAGGAGAAGAUUUGUACCUACCUCUACUGUCGGGAGUCCGUUCAAGGGCCCCAGGUAGAUUACGCUGGAGAGACACGUUUGCCAUAUGGCCAGGUGCCGAUCCUGCUGUAUAAUGGGGAGGUAACUCUUCAAACUGAAAGUGGACGACUUGGCACACUUCUCCUUGAAACACAUGCGGCAUUGUUCUCUGAAAACUUGGAGGAAAUGGAUAAGGAGAUGAUGAAAUCAGCACUACAUCAAGGGACUCUGUUGAGGAGAUUCAAAGAUGCUUGGAACCUCUGUAAUCAGAUGAAUGACAUAGUGUGUUGGCUGGAGCUAGGAAAGGGGGCACUGUCCAGUCUGGAAGUGGACUUUGCUAUGAGAGUGUACAGAGAGAUAGGGGAUGUUGGUAUGGUCACUUCUCUCCAACAGAUCAAGCACCUCGAGGACAGGAAUCUACUGUCUGGCUACAUCGCCAUGUACCUGGCCGAGUUCAACCUUGCACAGGAUCUGUUCCUGGCCUCGGGGAAACCACUGGCUGCUCUCGAGAUGCGACGAGACCUGUUACAUUGGGACAGUGCCCUACAGCUGGCCAAGGCCCUGGCUCCUGAACAGAUCCCAUACAUCUCGCGCGAGUAUGCCCAGCAAUUGGAGUUCACCGGGGAUUACAUGAAUGCCCUGUCACAUUACGAAAAAGGUGUGACUCGACAAGAUAAAGAUCGUGAACAUGAUGAGGUCUGUGCUGCGGGGAUAGCUCGUAUGUCUAUCCGGAUGGGAGAUAUCCGUAGAGGUGUAAACAUGGCCCUGAAGAUGCCCAGUAGGAUACUGAAGAAGGAGUGUGCCAGUAUACUGGAGGGAAUGAAGCAAUGGCAGGAAGCUGCCAUGUUAUACGAACAUGGAGGUUACUAUGACAAAGCGGCUUCUGUCUACAUCCGCAGUAAGAAUUGGAACAAAGUUGGAGAGCUUCUGUCACACAUUACCUCUCCAAAGAUCCACGCCCAGUAUGCUAAGGCUAAGGAAGCAGACGGUCGCUACAAGGAGGCAGCGGACGCCUACAAACAGGCCAAGGACUGGGACAAUGUCAUCAGGAUAAACCUCGACUACCUACAGAACCCAGAGGAAGCUGUGAGAAUUGUUCGUGAUAUUCAGUCUAUAGAGGGAGCCAAGAUGGUGGCUAAGUUUUUCCAGAAGUUGAAUGACUACUCGUCCGCUAUCCAGUUCCUGGUGAUGUCGAAGUGUAAUGACGAGGCAUUCCAGCUGGCUCAGACACAUAAUCAGAUGGAGACGUACGCCGACAUUAUAGGUCCGGAUGCUACCCCAGAAGACUACCAGAGCAUUGCUCUCUAUUUUGAGAAUGAGAAGAACCACUUCCUGUCUGGAAAGUUCUUCCUUCUCAGUGGACAGUACAGCAGGGCGAUGAAGCACUUCCUGCGUUGUAGUGGUGAGGAUGGCAGGGCUAUAGAGCUGGCUAUAGAGACUGUAGGACGAGCCAACGACACACAGCUCACUAGACAGCUCAUAGAUUUCCUCAUGGGGGAGACAGAUAACAUUCCUAAGGAUGCCAAGUACCUAUUCCGGCUGUAUAUGGCCCUGAAACAGUACAGAGAAGCAGCUCGCACUGCCAUCAUCAUCGCUCGCGAGGAACAGAAUGCUGGUAACUACCGUAACGCCCACGACGUCCUAUUCAGUAUGUACCAGGAGUUGAAGGAACAGAAGAUCAAGAUUCCAGCAGAGAUGGCUACCAACCUGAUGAUUCUCCACAGCUAUAUCCUCGUCAAGAUCCACGUCAAACAUGGCGACCAUCUCAAGGGCGCUAGAAUGCUCAUCCGUGUGGCUAAUAACAUCAGCAAAUUUCCUUCUCAUAUUGUGCCUAUCCUCACGUCCACGGUUAUCGAGUGUCACAGAGCCGGCCUUAAAAACUCCUCCUUCAGUUACGCUGCCAUGUUAAUGAGACCGGAGUACAGGAAUCAAAUUGAUCUCAAGUUUAAGAAGAAGAUAGAGAUGAUUGUCCGUAAGCCAGAUAAGACCGAGGAGGAGGAACCCCUAACACCGUGUCCCUAUUGUGGUUUUCAGUUACCAGAGACGGAUCUUAUGUGUCCAGAGUGUAAAAAUAGCAUACCGUACUGUACAAUCACGGGUCGACAUCUCGUCAAAGACGACAUGGCUGCCUGUCCUAAAUGUGAUUUCCCUGCAUUAUUUUCUGAGUUUAUAAGGUUGUUGGAAAUAGAAGACAGUUGUCCUAUGUGUACAGAGAAGGUUAUCAAGGAGAAUGUUCAGAAAGUGGUGGACACCCAGCACUACCUUACUCCUGAGGAGGGCACCGAGUGAUGUCAGAGGACCAGUCUUACUGUGUUACAGAAGGUGGACCUUGAUCAACUGGAAAAUGUGUACACCAGAAAAUAUACAUAAACACUGAAUGUAACGUAUAGGACUAUAGGCCGACUCUGUGUCGAGGCAUCAGACACUCAAUGUAACGUAUAGGACCAUAGGCCGACUCUGUGUCGAGGCAUCAGACACUCAAUGUAACGUAUAGGCCGACUCUGUGUCGAGGCAUCAGACACUCAAUGUAACGUAUAGGCCGACUCUGUGUCAAGGCAUCAGAUGUUACCUACAGCAGCUUUAUUGUGUAUUCUCAUGGUCCUUUAGAAAUCUAACUUAUAACUGUGACAACACAGUGUCAAAACAGUAUGUAGGGGAUCAGUAGAAUUAAAGAAACACCCCAUCUUACAUUACAUUGAAGGCCCACCGGUAUUUAUUGAUACAUUCCAUGUUUUAUUUUACAGAUGGCAUAAUGAAAUCCCUAAUUUGUAGGUCGCAGUGUUAUUUUGGAUAAUCAUAUCCUGAACUAAAUAUUUAUAAUGUGGAGAAUGUCGUACUCUGAGAGACUAUAUAAAUAUCAGCCCAUGGUCUGUUGUUAUAUCACAGGCGUCUGAAGUUCUGACAGUAAACUGAGAUAUAAUACCAUAGAAAAAAUAAGAGUAUCUAUUCUUUUUUUUAUAGUAGAUACUCUUAUUUUUUCUAUGGUAUUAUAUCUCGGUUUACUGUCAGAACUUCAGACGCCUGUGGUUAUAUCAUCAAGAUGAACCAGAAAUAUUAGUGAAUGGAAUAAGAGAUUUUAAGUUUUAUAGUUAAAGUGACUGAUUACUUUUGUAGUUACCUGUCUGUUAGGUUGUGGUUAGCUGGUACAUUUUGUAUAUUUCUUUUCAAAUGGAAAAUUUUGGAUAGAAAGUUAAAAAUAAAUAAAGUUCUGUAGAAACGGUAUUGAACUGAUUAACUGUUAAAUGUUAUAAUUACAUAAUGUAAACUCGUAUUUUUAUUUGAUAAGUGAUAACAUGUUUACAAUAUAAGUAGGGCCAUGCUAAACCAUAAAGUUACAAUUUACAUGUUGAUAGGGAAUUGAAAUAUUAUAAUCAUAACACUGCCUUUUUGUAAAUGUAAACUUUUGUGAAGACAGAAUUCAAUUUGUGAAUUUUGUCAUCUAGAAAAACGUUAGUAUAGUCAAACUUGUCAUAUGUGACCUUCCAAGGGAGGUAAUAAAAAAAGGUCGGAUGACUGGCGUCUAUUAAUCCAGGUUCAGGUAACUAGCAUAGUAGUAAAUAACAUAGGAAAUUUAAAGGGAAAAUACGGUCACAUAUGAGAAAGAGUCGCUAAAUUCAGGUUUGAUUGUAUAGAUGUGUCCAUGUAAAUUGUAAACUUCAUUGUGGAAGAAAAUUCAAGACUUCAUUGGAAUGGAAAAUAAUACAAAAUACAUGUUGAUGGCUGCUUUAGUCCUGUUCUAUAUACAACAGGAAUACUGUGCAUCCUCGUUCUAUAAAAACAAUAUAAAGUUGGGAAAGGGUAAUUUAUAAAAUGAUGUAUACCUGGCAUUCUUGCUAAUUUAUGCUUUCACUUGUCUACAACUAUUUUAAUGAAUCCAUAAUUACAAGUUAACAAAUGUAUUUUUUAGUUGAUACAUAAAACAUAAAUUAUCUCCACUGAAAUUUUCAAAUGUAACUUCCUGAGAUUUUUUCUACGUAGAAGAAUAGUGCUGUUAUUACCGUCCCAAUAAAAGAGAUUUCUAAUGGUGAUUACAAUAUUUAAUAUUUAUAGGUUUUUGUUACUGAAAAUUGUGAUGUUUUUCCAGUCAUAUGGACAUACUUUGUGCCUCUCUACUACCGUCCAAAGAUGUAUGUACAAAUUGUGAUAGAAAAUAUCCGUCAUUUUUGAAGAUCUGACUGUUUUAAAGGAACUUUUAUGUAAAAUUGACAAUGCUUCUGUGAUUUACAAGAAAUUAUAUUGUAACUUAAAA